AUGGUCGUUGUCGUUGAAGAAGUACAAGACGAAUCUGCUCCCGAAGUCAACAUCAAUUUGGCUGAAGGUGAAAACGAAUCAGAUUACGAAACAGAUUCAGAUUCUUCUUCUACAUUCUCCGGUGAUGAAGAUGAUUUUAACCCCAAGGACGAAACUGUCUAUGAGCGAAUUGCAGCUUUAAAAGAUAUCGUCCCACCUCAGACUAGAUCAUCUUUAUAUAGUAAAUACAAGACUGCAACAAGUUGGGCAUUCUGGUCUGUUCAAAGUACUGGUACUUUAGCCUGGUGGAUUUCAACUUCUGCUUUAUUAGUUGGUUUGCCUUUGGCUUUAGCAAUCGAGGAUGAAACUAGAGUAGUUCAACAAGAAAGAGAAAUGCAAAUGCAAAGUCAAGGUCAACAACAACUUCUUGGUGGUCCUCAACAAGCUCAACCUCAAGGUGUCCUUCCUCCCGGAUUCUAG